AUGUCGGAGGAAAACAUCACUCUGAUCAGUGAAUUCAUCCUACUAGGCUUCCCUACAGCCCCGUGGCUACAGAUCCUAUUUUUCUUUCUGUUUCUUAUCGCCUACCUGUUGGUGUUAGCAGAGAAUCUGGUCAUCAUGCUAACUGUUUGGAUCACUAACUCCCUUCAUAAACCCAUGUACUAUUUCCUGUGUAGCUUGUCCUUCUUGGAGGUCUGGUAUGUGUCUGUUACAGUCCCCAAGAUGUUGGAUGGUUUUCUCCUGCAGAGACGACACAUCUCUUUUACAGGUUGCAUGACCCAGCUCUACUUCUUUAUUUCGCUGGCUGGUACAGAGUGUGUGCUUCUGGCAGCCAUGGCCUAUGACCGUUAUGUGGCCAUCUGCCACCCUCUUCAAUAUCCAGUCAUCAUGACCACAGGUCAUUGUGUGCAACUGAUGGUUUUCUCCUAUAUGAGUGGUUUUAUGAUCUCUGUCAUCAAGGUCUAUUUCAUUUCUCAUGUUGCCUUCUGUGGCUCCAAUGUCAUGAACCACUUUUUUUGUGACAUCUCACCCAUUCUCAAACUGGCCUGCAAAGAUAUGUCUACAGCUGAGUUAGUGGACUUUGCCUUGGCUAUUGUCAUUCUUGUCUUCCCACUCAUCACCACCAUCCUCUCCUACGUCUACAUUGUCUCCACCAUUCUGCGUAUACCAUCCACCCAGGGAAGAAAGAAGGCCUUCUCCACCUGUGCCUCUCACCUCACUGUAGUUAUCAUUUAUUACACAGCCAUGAUUUUUAUGUAUGUUCGUCCCAGAGCCAUUGCAUCCUUUAAUUCCAACAAACUAAUCUCGGCUGUGUAUGCGGUCCUCACACCCAUGCUCAAUCCAUUCAUCUACUGCCUGAGGAACCAGGAAGUCAAGAAUGCUAUUAAGAAGACCAUGGGAGUUCAAAAGUGA